CAUUCGAGCGUUUCUCCUUCAACGAGACAAUACAGAUUUUAGUGAGAGAAAACCCUCUCUUUCUCUCUCUAAAAGCCUGAAUAAUUUCCAUGGAGUACACCAGGUGGACUGAGAUGUUACACAUGCCACCACCAAACCCUAACCCUAACCCACCACCACCCAGAGACCUCUAUUCUCAUCAUCCCUACACCACGCGUUACCCAUCCCACUACUCUCUCAAUCCGCAAAACUCUAACCCUAACCCUAACCGUCGCCUACCUAUUGACCUUUACGCAUCGCAUGAAACCCUUUACAGAAUCGGACGCGAAACAGGGCUUAGGCGACCUGGGAUUGAUCCAUACCAUUCCUUGAGCCCGUUACUACACAGACAUGGUGGUGGGUAUGAAGUUCACUCUUCCAAUGUGGCCUAUGCUCGACACACCACAAUUGAUGCAGGCUCAAUGGUGGUUCCAUCUGCGUAUUAUCAAGAGCCAAGUGGGUCAGGUGUUGCGCACAAUUGGGGGACGAACGAGUUGGUUCGGCGAUAUGCAACUGGUGUAACAAUCUCUCCAAAUGGGGCAGAGGAGUUGGUGCCUUAUCCAAACUCCGCCCUGCGGACUAAUGCAAGUGUCCAUCCUCGCAGAAAUGAAUCUUUGAUGAGGGGCCCAAAGAACAUGAAUGCUGUACAGUCUGCACGAUGUGAGGUGUGCAAGAUUGAGUGUACCAGCAAGGAUGAUCUUGACCAUCAUAUAUCGGGAAAGAAGCACAAGAAGAACUUGGAGAUGCGAAACCAAGGAAUUGCACCUGGCCCCACUGCUCCAGCAAGGCGAAGUAAGCGAGUGAGUGGAGCACAAGGAAACCACCCUGUUAAGGGGAAAGCCAUCGUUGGGCAAAAAACAAAAAGGACAGCUGAUCAUAGAGGUGAUGGAGAGACAAAGAGAAGGAAAAUUUUGAAAUGUGGAACACCUGCUGUCAAGAAAUGCACAAUAUGUAAUGUGGUAUGCAAUAGCGAAAUCGUUUUCGGUCAUCAUAUGGCAGGGUCAAAGCAUGCUGCCAUGAUGAAGAAACAUGCAGCUGGGAGUGGACUGGCUACUAUCCAUUGAAAUGGAGUGAUCAUGCAGCUGGGAGUGGACUAACUACUGUCUUUUAAAAUAUUAUAGUAGUAAAACUUUUCCGAACCAUUUUUAAGAAAAUGAAAAAAGCUGUAGCAUUUUCAGAAAUAUUGUCAUCCACAUCACAGAGACAUGGUCACUUCAUCAGGCCGUUCAGGUGACAUCAUGUUCUGGAAAGAUCUUCUGGAGAUGUUUGGAUGUUCUUGGCAACAGAUGUGUAUUCUAAUUAGUUAUAUAUUCCCUUUCUGAGAGGUGUUCAAGUUAAAAGAUGUGAAGGUAUGAAGUCAUGUACACAUUGCAGGUCCAUUAUUUGUCAAUGUAAUGGAUCCUUUUUUCUUAUAGCUUUCACAGUGAUUGACAUA